UAUAAGGGCUUUAAUGUUGGAGCGAACAAUCCGGAUGGAUCUUGCAAGACUACAGCGCAAUGGGAGGAGGCGUUCAACAAGUUGAAGGGCCUGCCUCAAGACAUCACAGCCGUUCGCCUUUACGCCUCCAGCGAUUGCAACACGCUUGCCAAUGCUGUGCCUGCUGCCCUGGACACUGGAACUCAGAUUCUUGUUGGUGUCUGGACCGAGGAUUCUGCUCAUUACACAGCCGAGAAGAACGCUCUGGAGUCUGCGAUCAACAAGCACGGAAAGGACUGGAUUCUCGCUAUCUCGGUCGGAUCAGAAGAUCUCUACCGCGGAGAUACCACGGCAAGCACCCUCGCUCAACAAAUCUAUGACGUUCGUGGAAUGGUCCGCGCCAUGGGAGUCGACGCAGAGGUUGGCCAUGUCGACACCUGGACCGCGUGGGUUGAUGGUGCCAACGACGAGGUGACCAAGGCUUGCGAUUUUGUGGGCAUGGACGGCUACCCCUACUGGCAAGGCUCUUCCAUCGACGACGCCUACAAUGUCUUCUUUCAAUCCUACACCGAUGUCAAGAAUCACGUCCAAUCUAUCGGAUCCGGCGCAUGGGUCUGGGUCACCGAAACCUCAUGGCCAGUCAGUGGCGAUAAACACGGCAGUGCUGUUCCGUCAGUCGCGAAUGCUCAAAAGUACUGGCGCUCCGUCGCCUGCCAGAUGUUCAAAGAGGGUCAUGUAAGCAGAUUU